GAGGAGUGACGUAAUGACGUUCCUAUCGCGAGGAUAUCACGUUAGCUUGGUCGGUGAGCUAGCCGCGAAAAGCCCGACAGUGUACCCGCUGUUUACACUUUCCUCUCCUCCUGAAGCUUUGACAGGACUGCACAGUGCUGUUUUAUUGUUAUCUUCUCACGUCUGAUAGGAGGGGAACUCGCCGGAUAUUGUGUGUUGCACGGUACAGACUGUGACCAAGCUGUGUCAGUCUUGCUCACGUUUCGCUGUGUCUCCAAUGGCUUCUCCACUUUCCAGGACCCCAAUGAUGAGUUAUGCUGAAAAGCCUGAAGACAUCACAAAAGAAGAGUGGAUGGACAAAUUAAACAAUGUGCACAUACAGAGGGCGGACAUGAACCGGCUCAUUAUGAAUUACCUGGUAACAGAGGGAUUCAAAGAGGCAGCAGAGAAGUUUCGGAUGGAGUCGGGGAUUGAGCCAAGUGUGGACCUGGACUCUUUGGAUGAGAGGAUAAAGAUUCGAGAGAUGAUCCUGAAGGGACAGAUUCAAGAAGCUAUUGCACUCAUCAACAGCCUACACCCAGAGCUGCUUGACACCAACCGUUACUUGUAUUUUCAUCUGCAGCAGCAACAUUUGAUUGAGUUAAUCAGGCUAAGGGAGACUGAGUCAGCGCUGGAAUUUGCCCAAACACAGCUGGCAGAGCAGGGGGAGGAGAGCCGCGAGUGUCUUACAGAGAUGGAGAGAACACUAGCUCUUCUGGCCUUUGACAACCCUGAAGAGUCACCCUUUGGAGACCUACUCAACAUGAUGCAGCGGCAAAAGGUCUGGAGUGAGGUGAACCAAGCUGUGCUGGACUAUGAAAACAGGGAGUCAACGCCCAAACUGGCUAAGCUCCUGAAGUUGCUGCUGUGGGCACAGAACGAGCUGGACCAGAAGAAGGUGAAAUACCCCAAAAUGACUGACCUAAGCACGGGAACCAUCGAGGACCCAAAGUGAACACACACAGAGCAGAACAGCCACCUUCCACAUCCCCUUAAUUUAUGAUCAGUCAGUGACUGUGUGACAACCAGGUAACAUAUAUGUAUAAACAGAUGACACAUUGUUUUUCAUGUUUCAUUCAUGAGAGGUAAGACUAAACUCAUUGUGCAAACUGUAAAUUGCUGUAUUUGCAAAUUGAAAGAAAUUAUUUAGUUUAAAUACUGAUCCUGGAUUUGUAGAUUGAUCUCCGAUACGGAAAAAAAUCCAAAUUGCUGUUUUAUAUUUUGUCUUUCUAAACUAUAAGCUAAACAUAUUAUUUAUUGUGACUAUCAUCCCCACCAAGACGUGUUUUGCAGAGAAGAGAGUAAAUUAUAUAAAUGUUAAUACAGUGGUGUGUGGAGCCAAAACCAGGGCUCCCAAAGAUAGCGGGGGAUUAAACUGUAAUUUUGUCAAAUAUAAAGAAGAGCGAACACACAGUUUUCCUUUUGUCUUUUAGUGAAGAGAUGUUUACAUUAUCACGACACACUGCAAGAAUCAGAAAUAGGUGUAAAAUUUCAUACACAAAAUGUGAGUAUUUUUCAAUUUAACGGAAAUGUACACUUUAUUAAUGUAAUAUAGCGUUAUUUAAUAUAAUAUUUUAUGAUUUUAUUUGGGAUGAUGUUUGACAAUUUGCUUAAGAGUCCACCACUUGCUUUCUGAACCUGAAAACUGCCUUUGCGUGUAUGAGAGGGUGAAAUUCGUCCAGACUGAGGGGUUUAAAUGAGAUAUGCCUUUUAGAGUGAGUUUGACACCCUGAGGUCUUUUCUGAGUCUACAGAAAGCACCGCCCCCCCGACACAUGGCUUCUUAUGGUCCGAAUGGUGUUAUGUUACAAAAGGUUAGGAAAGUGUUCAUCCUAAUGAUGGAGGGGGAUUUAUACAAAGAGAAAGAGCUGCUCUAGUUGAAAUAUGAUGAUGAAGGACAGGGCCUGUUCAAGCAAUUCUAUAUUUUGACAACUCUAAUAUUUAAAAUGUAAUCAGACUGAUUCUCUUGUACAUUGGCUCUGUUAGAUUCAUUUAUGAAAAAGGUCAAAAGUAGUGCAAUUUUGAAUCCAAACAGACAUUUCACUAAGACUUGAUCCAUUUUGACUCUUUCUAAAGCCGUUAGUGUUUUCACUUUAAUUGCAUGUAAGUGUACCUUUUUUUCUUUGGGAGGAGAAGCACUUGUUUUUUGUUUCUUUUGUUUCAUUUGUUUAUUUUUAUAAAAAAAUAAAACUUGCUGCUAGUUGUCCAUUCAUAAUUUCGUUUUAGUUUUGAAUUGUCUUUAUAGUUGUUGGCUUUGACAAAUACCGAGUCCCAGAGAGCUCACAUCCCUUUUAUUAUUCAACAUUUUUAAAUCAGAUUUGCAAAUUAAUGAAAUAAACAAAACUUUUGUGAACCAUA